AGUUCUUAUAAGGCAACAUAUGUUUGUGUGGACUAGCUAUUUUGUAACAUGUGAAAUGAAAUAAUAGCAAAUAAUUGUAAAAUAAAUGGGGAGGUGGUUUGUGAUUCUAAUUCAUUUGUGAAUUUCAGAAUCUGGAAUUUGUUUCUGGGAAAGAUGAAUGCGGUUGCAUAUCAUUCACAUAAUCUUCUUUGUUUUUCCAUGUGUUUCUCUUUCAGCAAGCAGUGCUAUUUAGGAAAAUCUUGUCUACAUAUGAAAGAGAUUGCAAUUCAACCUUCACCCUUUGUGUCCCACAAGGUUUUCUCUCCAUUUUCUGAUUCAAGAAUAAGAGCUGAUGGAGACAGAGUUGUUCAAACCAGUGGGAGAACUGAAAAGAAGAGACCUCAAUUAUUUGAUGGUAAAAAAUCAAAGUCUUCUGACCAGGAAGAGAUAAUUGCUCUGUUCAGACGGAUACAGUCUUCAAUAUCAAAGAGAGGGUCACUAGAAACCAGGAAGAGGAGCUACAAGGAUAAGCCUAACUCCACUGAAUCACUUCUAGAUAUUUUUGAUAAACCAAAAAAGCAAGUGAAAGGCAGGGCAAAAGGAUCCAGGAAAGAGGAAGAGGCACCUGAAAUGGAGUUUAAGUUGAGUCGACUGCCAUCAAAUUUUGUAAAGAAAUCCCCAAUUCCAUAUCUAUCAAUCCCAAGAGGAGAGGUUAUUGAGCUAACAAAGGAAGCAGUGCCAACUAUUGAGGGGGGUAAACAGGUACAAUCAAAGAGACUUGAGAAGCUGAAACUUGGUGAGUUGAAAGCACUAGCUAAGUCAAGAAGAGUGAAAGGUUAUUCUAAACUAAAGAAGGAGGAACUUGUUAAAAUACUUAGGUCCUAGAUCAAAAUUAAUCCACAAUUUAUACUUAUCAAGCAGGUGGUUUCCAGUUACUUUGUGAGUUGUGACCCAGUUAAUAUAUAUUUUUCUUAAAGGGCUUAAACUAAUACACUAUCACUCGCUCUCUAGCUGAUCUAAGAGAAUGCUAACAGACUCAAUUAGAAUAUGUGGUAAUUAAAUACAAUUAAGAGUUCUGUUAGAGAGAUAUUCAAAAUCUAACGGAAUGAGCUUAUGUGACGUUCAUUUACGUGGAUUCCACAAUGGGUGUUAUGUAAAUGUCAUAUCUUCUCAUGCCUUUCUCAACACCACUCUCUUCUUCUUAGACACAUCCGCCGCUUCCGACAAUGUCGCCAACGAUAAUGGGCAGCGCGAAAGGGAGAGAAGCAGGGAAGACGAAGCAUCGUGGAAGGAGAGGGAAAAAAAGAAGAAAUAAAAAUAUGAGGGGUAUUUUGGUGUUUUCCAUGAAUUUUCAGUUAAUGUACCACAAUGGUUUAACUGAACCACCGAAGCCAACACCCGUUAAGAUUUGAAACAUACAAGUAGCGUAAU